AGCCCCAAUGUACGUCACAAAACAUGCGUCAUCAUAUUUUUUCGUCGCCUUUGGGAAAAAUACACAAUUUUUCGUGUGAUUUACUGGUGCCAAAAAUACCUCUUCCGUUGGAUACUUUUUCCCCCAGCCGCUUACAUGGACCAUCAACGUGACACAGAGCACAAGACUGCACGCGAUUCCGCACCAUGUUUACCAAGUUCUGUUUUAAUACCGUUGUUAGGAAGUCCUGUGCAGGGUGAUCAAAACAAUCAGCUUAGUUGUGACACCUGUCCUGAUGUGGGUACAGGGGGUCCAAGUAAUGCCUCAUCGUCCGUCAGAAGGUCCCCAAACAAUCGCUUAGGAUUUUGUCACCUUGAUUCCUUGUUGUGUGGGUGUUUGUCAAGACACGACGCAGAUGGUGUGGAUGCGUCUAAACCAAGAAAACCCCGACACUUCAAUCGCGAUGCCAAGCACGCGCCAGUUGGGCCUGUGCCCUCUUGUGAAUCACAAACCAAUCCUUCUGAAGAGACCCAAACAACUUGUGUAAAUGAAGAGAACGAUGCUGUCAAGUGUAAAGAUGGUGAUAAAGGCCACGCGUCUUUCUUCAGAUGGUCACCUGUCUCCCGCUUGAGGUGUUAUAUUUACAGAAAGCGACACAAAAGUGGACUGCCUAAAGCAGACGCAACAGGGGCUGUAUGUGGGGCGGACUCUCAGGAAGCUGCUGGUAAUGACACUUCUGUGUCGAGUUCCUCAAAAACCUGUUGUGCAGAAGAUAGUUUGAAAGAACGGCGUCAAACUCUCCUUGGACCUCAAAAAGCAUCUGAUCGAGGGCGGAAGUGCUUCAUUAUUGAUCUUGAUGAAACACUCGUGCACAGCUCUUUCAAGGCCGUGGACAAGGCGGAUUUCAAGGUGGGCGUUGAGAUCGACAAUGUGGUGCAUCAGGUGUACGUGCUGAAGCGGCCACACGUCGACGACUUCCUGCGGGCCAUGGCUGACAUCUACGAGUGUGUGCUCUUCACUGCUAGUCUUUCCAAGGAUAGCAGUGAUGACAUCCGUUUUUACUACCUCGUUCGGUUCAAUCUUGAGCAGCCGCACCCCCGUCACCAGUACGCCGAUCCCGUGGCCGACUUCUUGGACAAGUGGCACGUCUUCCGGUACCGGUUAUUCCGUGAGUCGUGCGUCUACCACCGCGGCAACUACGUCAAAGACCUCGCCCAACUCGGUCGGCCGAUCGAACAGGUCGUCAUCCUCGACAACUCCCCGGCGUCCUACAUGUUCCACGCCACCAAUGCGGUGCAAAUAACGUCGUGGUUCGACGACAAGUCCGACAAGGCGUUGUUGGAGUUGAUCCCCUACUUCCAGCGCCUAGCGGCCGGCGAUCCGGACAACGUGGUGGAAUUCCUGCGCACCAACCCUCCCCCCUCGCAGUACGCCGUGGUAGGCAGCUUCGAGUCCAACGCGCUGACGCCGACGGCGGUCGCAGCCAGCAGGUCCGCACAGAACAGCCACCUUCCCAUAACUCAGCUGAGUUCAAACAACUCCACCAGUCCCUUCUCCGCACCGGCGCUACCCCCUGCCCCCUCUCGUGGCAAAUCCCCCAGCGGAGAAGCCAGCCCCUCCUGCAGCGGCAACAACAACGAAGUGUCACAAACAGCUGACGCAACUGAGACGGACUCAUUGACCAAAGCGUCCAACCUCACUGUCGCCAGGAAAAAGUGUUGCAUAUAA